AUGCGGCAGUCAUCGAGACAUUUGCGUCACGCGGACUGGGGCACCUGGGAGCAGGGCCGCAGAGGCAAUAAUUGCCCCAAAGGAAUCGCCAGGUGGCAGCUGCUGGAAGAACUAACAUUGUCUUAUCAUUUCCGGUUGCCUUUCUUUAAUGACGGAAUCGUGUCGUUGCCCAACCUACAGUCAAUUACCUUUUACCAGAAUGAACUCGAAAACGAUUUGGAUGAGAUGAUAAAGGAACGUUGGAAGGACGUACAUAAAAUGAUCCUUAAUGAUUGCAUUGACAAAUACAGCUUGGAAAAGCUACGUAAGCUGACAAGCUUGCGUCACUUGACAAUAGUUCACGAUGAAUUUUUCACCCGAGGAAUCAUAAACAAAGUAGUUGAGAAAAUGAAUCAACUGGAGCAACUGGAUCUUGUCGACUUUGAAAACUGGUAUUCUGAUGAUGGCCUGUGGCAACUUGUUGGUUAUUGUCCAUUGCUAAGGAUCUUAAAUAUAUCAGGCAUGGAUCUAAAAUCCUCAUUCUUUAAUUUAAACAGGAGUCUCAUGGAGAAGACAAUGAAAAAGCAUUGUCAGACCCUAACAUUGUAUUGCGGCAUAAGGGACUCGGAAAUCGAAGAACUGUUUCGUCAGCAUUUUAACCAUCCAGAAGUCACGCUCUCCUUUGAACCUUUAAAUGUGGAAUUACUAAAUUCGAAUAUGGUGAAAAUCCAUUUUUAACCUUUGCCAUUCUAGUCAACUAUGUACAAUGGAUACUUUCCAAGAGGAUUUUUGUAUUUUUCAUUAAAAUGGCUGUGCUGCAGGAACCAUGAAUAUGGUUCAAAAUAAUCGUAUAUAAUUAUAAAUGGCAUCACCUUAGCUCUUUAAUAAUAAACAGUCUUAUACAACAGUGUUCUACCACUAA